CUUCCUUAUUAGGUAAUGGAUAAACCUUGAUGCAUGCACUCCCUCGAUUGCUUGUUGCUCGCCUUCUCCAUACUCUCUGAAAUAUCUGAAAUCUGGCAAACGCUAAAGAAACUUCAACGGCGCUAAUGGCGUCUGAAGAGGAUUCAGGUGACCGUGGUUGCUGUGACUAUUUACUCACAGGCUUGUCUAUCAUCCUGUUUGUGUGUACUUUGCCAUUAUCUUUAUUCUUUUGUUUAAAGAUUGUACAAGAAUAUGAGAGAGCAGUGAUCUUCCGCCUUGGUCGUCUGCUGCCUGGAGGAGCCAAAGGACCAGGUCUCUUCUUUAUUCUGCCUUGUAUUGACUCCUAUCAGAAAGUUGACCUAAGGACAGUGUCCUUUGAUGUUCCACCACAAGAGAUUUUGACAAAAGACAGUGUUACUGUUGCUGUUGACGCUGUGGUAUAUUUUAGAAUCCAUGAUGCAACUAUGUCCAUCACCAAUGUGGAAAAUUCCAAUCGUUCCACACGUCUGCUAGCUCAGACCACCCUUAGAAAUGUGCUGGGAACCAAGAAUCUCAGUGAGAUAUUGGCUGACAGGGAAGUUAUUAGUCAUGUCAUGCAGAGCUCACUUGAUGAAGCAACUGAUCCUUGGGGUGUUAAAGUGGAACGUGUGGAAGUGAAGGAUGUACGUCUUCCUCAGCAACUACAGAGAGCCAUGGCAGCAGAGGCUGAGGCUUCUCGUGAAGCUCGUGCCAAGGUUAUUGCUGCUGAGGGUGAACAGAAUGCAUCUCGUGCACUGAAGGAAGCUGCUGACAUCAUCUCAGAGUCUCCUUCUGCUCUUCAGCUGCGAUACCUACAGACAUUGACAACAAUCUCAGCUGAGAAGAAUUCCACAAUCCUAUUUCCUCUCCCUGUUGAUUUCAUGAGCAGAUUCUUACCAGACAAGAAAGGUUAAUGAAAUCAAGAGAACAAAGAAUGAGAAAAAACUUGCAUCAUUGCAAGAUAGUUGAUUAUUCAAAAUAGAUAUCAGUGCUUUUUAUCAUAAAGGAACAUUAAGAUUCAGAGCUUGAGAUUAACAAGAACAAAUCAUGUAGUAGUGAUAAUUUCACAUUAUAUGGCAGCCAGAUUUUUUUAAAUUUCUUCUGUUGUACAUAUUUGUGAAAGAAACAAUUCUUUAUCAGUAUAACAGAAAUGCAAAUGGAGCCAAAAAAAAAAAAAAACAUGUUUCCAGUUGAUCAUGAUUGAUGCAGUGCCUUUUAUGGUAAGCCAGCUACUUCUCUUGUGUACUUGCAAACUGGGCAAAGCCUGUGACAACCCCAUCAUAGGACAGACUGGACUGUGGAUUCUUUUACUGAUGAAACAGAAAUAAAAUGAUAGAUGCUUUCAAAGAUAUUUCAUUUAUUUAGUUUAUUCCUUCCACAUGAUUGCAGUUUUAGUGUCUAUGAGCUCUAUUCAAAUCUAGUUUAGUGGGAUGAAAAGUGCAGAUCCCCACCAAAAAUUAAGUGACCAUGAUAGCCAUUCUAACUUGUUAAUUAGUAGUGCUUGCCAACAUCUGAGCAAUUUAGGAGUUAGUCUUGAGCUCUGAAUGCAUAUUUCAGUUUAUAUGAGUAAUAUUUCUGCAUUAGACAUAAGCUUAUUUACUCAGGGUUAACAAUGUAUGUUGAAUAAAUGUACUUCUCAACUUUUUCUUUAGAAAUGUGUAAUGGUCAAAAAUUGAUUGAUGUUGGAACAUCUCGAUAACAGACAUGCUAGAAACAGUCCUAUGGCAAGGGUCAUGCAAUAUACAAUUAUAGCAUUUUUAUCUAAUCAAUUCUGAUGGGCUUACAGUUCCUAUUGAUUUAGUAAAUAGAAAAUAUUAUGAAAUGUAAUCAUUAGGAUAAUUCUGAUCAGAGGACUCUAAGAGUCUGUACUAGUUUGUUUUCAAGUAGAAAAAAGUUGUGUUACUUUCUUUUUUUAAAGUUAAUGUUAUGUGGUUAUGUUGUUAGCAUUGAGAAUAUGUAACAUGUUAAAAGUGGUGAGCUGUAAUUUUUUGGGGGGGCUGGUUCAUAGACUGGCCUAAACAUCUAUUGUAGACAUGCUGUGUUGCAUAAUAGCAUAAUAAACAUAUAAAGAAUCAUGCCAUG